CUGAAAAACCGGGAGGACCGUCCGCCGUCGGAAGCACACUAGAGAGGAGGCGCUCUGGAGAAGUUGUACUCCUGUACGGCGGCGAGCUCAUAACGCGCGUGGAUGAACCGCGCGACCACCGAGCGGACCUGGAUCACUCAGCGGAGGAUUUGGAAGCGAAGUGAGACUUCGACAAAAACACGAGAUGAAAUCUGCAGCGAGUGGAGGGUUAUAGUGACAGAGGUAAGGGAGCUUCUUCACCUCUUUGAAGGGGUCUUUUUUUUGGUCAAAUGUGUGGGCGAGGGAGCGCGCGAGACAAAGUAAACACAGACUGGGAAAGAGCACAUGACAGCACGCGCGGAACAUGCGAAUUAUUUACCCCAACGGUGUAAUUUGUAGCUUCAGUUUGAGGCGUUUAGCUUUCACACCUGCUUAUUUUUCUGCUAUGUUUAAAUACCUGCGAGCUCAGACUUUUCCUCUUCAGCGUGUGUUCACUGAGGUUGAUAUUUACUGUGUUACAUGACGGUUCAUUUUUUUGUUUUGGUUUCAAACAAAGACUUAAACCGGUUGAAACCAUCUCCUCUAAAUGUUUGGGCACUAAUAAAGGCACAUCUUUUCUGAGGAUUUGUUCUUUUUUUCAAUUGGAAUAUUAGAGAUAUCUUUUGCAAUCUUAAAGGUGUGUUUUUGUGUGCUUGAGUUUAGUUUAUCUCAGAUUUCCUCUUCAGCAUGUAUUCAGAGUGCAAAUCUUAACAGCAAGGUAGCAUGUAUUUAGAUAUCAGAAACUGAGCUUAUCUACAUUUAUUGAGAGCAGAGUAACAUUGAAAAAUACAAUGCUGAUAAUACAACACCUGUUUAAACAUGAGUACUUGUAACCGCAUUGAUAUCACUGUUAUUAAGUUUAUACUCCUCAGUAGUCAUAAAUGAUGCCAUGUCAUUGCUCCACCUGAGUCAUAGCACUGUGAUGAUCGAGCGUGUUGCUCAUACGUGCAAUGUGGUCUCCUCCUGCUCGUCUUCUCAAAGGUGUUUUGUUCUGACCUGGUAUCUUCUAAUCCCAGCUGUUUUUCUCCCCUUGUAGUCCCCGCUCCUGCCAGAGAAGAGGUUAUAGUUUCUUUUCCUUUUUCCCUACUUGGAUCCUCGUCCUCAGGCGGCUGCUCUUUCAAUGUGGGAUACAGUUUUGGUGCUCUCGCCAGGCUGAAAUCCUCCAGGGUCAGGACCUCCCUCAUGGCGGCCUUGCUCCUCGGGCUGCUGCUUUUUGCAAUGCAGUCACCCCCCAUCCCCUCAAGGCCUGUAGUGGCUGAAGAGGGGCCGCCUGCCACCUUAUCGCCUGCAGACAACGGCACCACCAGCCACCCUAAUGGGACCCUCAGACAGCUUCCUCACAUUAUAAUUAUAGGCGUGAGGAAAGGGGGGACACGGGCGCUGAUAGAGAUGCUCAGCCUGCACAGCGCCGUAGCAGCGGCACAGAAUGAGGUACACUUCUUCGACUGGGAGAGUCACUUCCAGAAAGGUUUGCCAUGGUACCUCAGCCAGAUGCCUUUCUCCUUCCCCGAUCAGCUGACAGUGGAGAAAACGCCUGCCUACUUCACCUCCAGCAAAGUCCCGAAACGCAUCCAUCAAAUGAACCCUGACAUCAAGCUGCUGCUCAUCCUCAGAGACCCCACGGAGCGAGUGUUGUCGGACUACACGCAGGUCUUUUACAACCGCCUCCAGAAGCACAAACGCUACCAGCCCAUUGAGUCAGUUCUGGUGAAGGAUGGAGAGAUCAACCUGGGAUACAAGGCGCUCAAUCGUAGCCUGUAUUACAUUCACAUGCAGAACUGGCUGAAAUACUUCCCACUUGGGAGCAUUCACGUGGUGGACGGGGACGAGCUCAUCAGGGACCCUUUCCCUGAGGUGAAAAAGGUGGAGAGGUUCUUAAAGCUGGAGCCCCAGAUAAACGCUUCAAACUUUUACUUCAAUAAAACUAAAGGAUUCUACUGUUUGAGGGACCACGGGAGGGAGCGGUGUUUACAUGAUUCAAAAGGCAGGGCUCACCCUCACGUGGCGCCCGCCAUCCUGCAAAAACUUUACCAGUUCUUUCACCAACCUAACAAGAAGUUCUUUGAGCUGGUGGGUCGAACAUUCAACUGGAAUUAACCGUUUUCCCUCCUCCUCCUCUGUAAUUUGAGGGACUAUCUCCACCAGGUGUUCUGUUCUCCUCACUAACAUUGUAGAUAAGAAAAAAAAAAGCUAAUGUAAAAUUAAACUAAAUCUAUUUUUGUACUACUACUUUUGUUACAGGAGAGUGACAGAGCUAAAUAUCAGGGCAGACUGCAGCUCAUGACAUGCUCUUGUUUUUGUCUUUUCUUUGUCAAACAUGCAUCCUUUGGUCUUUCCUGGACUGUUAGAAACGCUCACAGCUCGUCUGAUCAAAGCUGACGACAUAUCAGGACAUUAACAAUGACAUUCAGACUGAGCCAGUUAUUGUGUUACAUAAAGAUGAAUACCAGGCAGUUGAGCGCUGUCAUGCCUUCGUGUAUCACCUCAUAUAUUAUGACAUUAUUAAUGUGGAAAUGCAUUUAGAGCUCUGAAGGACCUUUUACCUGCUGCUAUGAUUUUUUCAGUCACUUUCAGGCACAAGCUGACGGUAUAUUGUUCUUUUCUUGUGACUCUCUUAACGGAGUCAGUUAUAUAAAUGCUCUGUGCACAUCUUAAACUUGCUGAACAUUACAGUGUACUGUAAAUAGAUUUUAUAAAAAGUGAAGAAUUAAUACCAUAAUAAAGAUGUAUUUUAUUUUUAGCA